GAGAAGGUGGGUCCAUAAUCUGGUGUGCGCGGGGCUAUGUAAGAAACGAGAGAGAGAAGAAAGAAAGAAAGAAAGAAAGAAGGAAAACUGAACAACCAAAACGUAAACGUAAAAUUCAGAUUUCAUUGUUUCUUCUUCAUCUUCUUCUUCGAUUCGAUGUCGCCGACGACGACAACGAUUCACUUCUUCUUCUAAGUAACUAACUAUCUCCGAUCUCUCUCUCUCACUCUGCGUCGACGACGUCAGCCAUCUUCUAGCAACCAAUCACUGCGGCGGAGUGGCAGAUCAGCGACGAUGGCAGGAGCACCAGCAGCAAGAGCUCGUGCCGAUUACGAUUACCUCAUCAAGCUUCUUCUUAUUGGCGAUAGUGGUGUGGGGAAGAGUUGUCUGCUUUUGAGAUUUUCUGAUGGUUCCUUCACAACCAGCUUUAUCACCACUAUUGGAAUUGAUUUCAAGAUAAGAACCAUUGAACUUGAUGGCAAGCGCAUUAAGUUACAAAUCUGGGACACUGCUGGUCAGGAGCGAUUUCGAACUAUUACGACCGCCUAUUACCGUGGAGCCAUGGGUAUCUUGCUGGUUUAUGAUGUUACUGAUGAAGCAUCAUUCAACAAUAUUAAGAAUUGGAUUCGCAAUAUUGAACAGCAUGCUUCUGACAAUGUAAACAAGAUACUUGUGGGAAACAAGGCUGAUAUGGAUGAAAGUAAGAGGGCUGUACCUACUUCCAAAGGCCAAGCUCUUGCAGAUGAGUAUGGUAUCAAGUUCUUUGAGACUAGUGCAAAAACAAACUUGAAUGUGGAGGAGGUUUUCUUUUCAAUAGCAAGAGACAUCAAGCAGAGGCUUGCAGACACAGAUUCUAGAGCUGAGCCUCAGACUAUCCAGAUUAACCAACCAGAUGCGUCAGCCAGUGGUGGUCAAGCUGCACAAAAGUCGUGCUGUGGUUCAUGAAAAGAAUCAGUAUCUGCAGCAAGAGGGUGCAAGCUCUGCAAGCAGCCACUCAGUGCUAAUGUUAUUCUGAUGACAUUAUAAGUGGGAGCAUGUAUUUCUCUCCGUAUCUCCCAACUUUUUAGAUGUUGUGUUUUAAAGUUAAUAUCUUAUAUUUUUCGCUCUUUUAGUUGGUGGAAUUUGCUGUGACUAGUUUGUUUGCUUUGCUUUCAUCUGUCAUUUGUAAUCUGACGCUUAAAAAGAUAUUUCUUAGAUUCGGAUAGAUGAUUAUAACACUUAUAUCACUUCUAUCAUUUGCAAA